GCUGUGGGGCUGAGCCCUGCUAAGACCUCCGGUCCGGUCAUGGGCGACCGCGAGCGCAACAAGAAGCGGCUGCUGGAGCUGCUGCAAGCUACGGGCACCGGCAAUGGGUACUGCGCCGACUGCGGGGCUGCGGAUCCUGAUUGGGCCUCUUACAAGCUGGGGGUUUUCAUCUGUCUCCACUGCUCUGGCGUCCACCGCAACUUCCCAGAUGUCAGCAAAGUUAAAUCCGUGAGACUGGACUUCUGGGACGACAGUAUGGUGGAGUUCAUGACCCACAAUGGAAAUCUGAAUAUGAAAGCCAAAUUUGAAGCCAGAGUUCCACCUUUCUACUAUGUCCCUCAGGCCAGCGAUUGCCUGGUCUUAAAGGAACAAUGGAUUCGAGCUAAGUAUGAAAGACAGGAAUUUUUGGCUGAUGAGAAAGCUGUCUCACUCCAAGGUGACCGAGAAGUGUUUCUGUGGAAGCGGGGACGAGACAAUGCACAGUUCCUGAGAAGGAGGUUUGUCCUUCUGGCGAGAGAAGGCCUCCUGAAGUAUUACACCAAGGAAGAGGGUAAAACCCCAAAGGCUGUCAUCAACAUCAAGGACUUGAAUGCCACCUUCCAGACAGAGAAGAUAGGGCAUCCCCAUGGGCUGCAGAUCACCUACAGGAAAGAUGGCCGCACCAGGAAUCUCUUUGUGUACCAUGACAGUGGGAAGGAGAUAGUGGAUUGGUUCAAUGCUCUCCGGGCAGCCCGCCUACAAUACCUAAAACUGGCCUUCCCUGAUCUCCCAGAGUCUGAGCUCGUGCCUCUCAUCACCAGGAACUACCUCAAACAAGGCUUCAUGGAGAAGACUGGUCCGAAGCAAAAAGAACCCUUCAAGAAAAGAUGGUUUGCCCUGGAUGCCCUGGAGCGAAGGCUGCUGUAUUACAAGAACACCCUGGAUGCUUUUGAGCAGGGCCAGGUUUUAUUGGGAAGCAAUGAGCAGGGAUAUGAAGUAUGUGAAGACCUGCCCAAGGGCGUCCGAGGGAAUCGCUGGAAGGCUGGACUCACUGUCAUCACUCCAGAGCGGAAAUUCGUCUUCACCUGCCCUAGUGAGAAGGAGCAGCGAGAAUGGCUGGAGAGUCUGCGGGAUGUCCUGUCCAGUCCCUUGUCACCCCUCUACCUCCUCAAUGCAUCAGCAGAGAGUGGCCUCAGGUGACCCAUCUCAGAACUGACUGGCCACUGAGCACCUAAACUCCUGGAGAAAUGUUCACCUCUGCCCUGGUUGUUCAGAAGGAAGCCCAGAGGCCAGCAGCUGCCCCUGUGAGUGAACUCUGUCAAGACUGAGGAUAUGGUUUAUCUUGUGGCUCCCACCAUCCUUCCAGCAAACAUUUCCCACUCUUGGGGAGCUGGUACCAAGAAGAAUUUAGCUCUCCAAGUUAAGAAGUCCUGAGGCUUUCUCUUACCUGCGCUGAGAGCUGGAUGUGGUGAGGCAUGCCUGUGAAGAGGCAGGAGUGCCAUGAGUUCAUUGCCAGCCUGGACCAUACAGGGAGUUCAAGUCCAACCUGAAUUACAUAGCAAGACCUUGUCUCAAAAAAUAAAAACAAAAGCAAGCAAACAAACAACAACAAAAACUACAGAGAAUGGGUGGAGACAUUGCAAUAAAAAAGCACCCUUGAAAGGCAGUGGUGGCACAUGCUUUUGAUCCCAGCACUCAGGAGGCAGAGGCAGGCAGAUCUCUGUGAGUUCAAGGUCAGCCUGGUCUACAGAGCUAGUUCCAGGACAAGCUCCAAAGCUACACAGAGAAACCCUGUCUCAAAAAACCAAAAGAAAAAAAACACCCAUAAAAGUUUUCAUAUGAACCUAAAUAUGAAGAAAAGAAAUAAUCAGACAUUCAAAUAUUACAUGUUGCUAUACAACUAGCCUGGACUCUUCAAAUAUCAAUAUUAAAAGAUAAAAUUUGCUGGACAUGGUGAUGCAUACCUUUAGGUCCAUGCACUCAGCAGGCAGAGGAAGGUGGAUCUCUGUGAGUUCAAGGGCAGCCUGGUCUACAUAUCAAGUACAGCCCGGGGCAUACAAAGAAAACUUGUUUCAAAAAACUGAGGGGAGAGUCUGGAGAGAUGGUUCAGUGGGUAAGAGCACUGGCUGCUCUUCCAGAGGAUGGGGGUUCAAUUCCCAGCACCCACAAGGCAGCUCACAACUGUCUGUAACUCUAAGAUCUGACAAUCUCAUACAGACAAAAUAUCAAUGUACUUAAAAUAAUAAAUUAAAAAGAGAAGCUGGAGGAUGGAGAGAUGGCUCAGUAGUUAAGAGCACUGGCUGCUCUUCCAGAAGAUCAGAGUUUAAUUCCUAGCACCUUCAUGGUAACUCACAACUGUAAUUCCAGUUCCAGAGAAUCUGACACCCUCAAUACACAUAAAAUAAAAUAAAUAAAAUGAUUUUUUUUAAAAAAGAAGCCACUGUAAAAGCCA